CGCCCUCGCGCGCUCGCAAUCGAUAUUCUCAUUUCUGUCAAAUGGAUGAUAAUGGCAGCGACGAUGGUUGAUACGAUGUUGCAGAGCAAUGGGUUUCAGGCGAAAAAGAAAGAAGAUGUCGACAAUAAGGACAACUUGUGGUCGUCUAUUCUGGCGGAAGUGCAGAACAGCGGCAACAACAAGCUGCCGUCGAACAAAAAUGUCCUCGUUCUAGGUGACAAUGAAAGUGGAAAAACUACACUUAUAGCUAAACUACAAGGUGUAGAGGAUCCAAAGAAAGGAUCUGGGUUAGAAUUUGCAUACAUCGAUGUGAGAGAUGAUUAUAGAGACGAUCAUACAAGGCUAUCUGUGUGGGUUUUGGAUGGAGAUCCAGGUCACGCAAAUCUAUUGAGAUUUGCGCUGAACAAAGAGAGGUUUCCACACACACUUGUUAUGUUGGUCGCUGCCAUGACCACACCAUGGGCCAUUCUUGAUCAGCUUCAAUCAUGGGCAGCAUUAUUAGGCGAUCAUAUUGACAAAUUACCCUUAGAUAAUGAUACUAGGCAACGAUGCAGACAGCUUAAUAUUAAGAAAUGGCAAGACUACACAGAACCGGGAGACGAGCUGGAUCCUGGAAGUCCUCUACGACGUACCAGUCGUAAUCUGGACGAUGAUACCGCUGAAGGCUUACCUUUGCCAGAAGGAGUACUUACAACCAAUCUGGGUUUAGAUGUUGUCGUAGUUAUAACAAAAACCGAUUACAUGUCCACCCUUGAGAAGGAACAGGAUUACAAAGACGAGCAUUUCGACUUUAUGCAACAGUGGAUCAGGCGGUUUUGCUUGCAGUAUGGCGCAGGGCUCUUCUAUACAUCGGCGAAGGAGGACAAAAACUGUGAUUUGCUUUAUAAAUAUCUUACGCAUAGAAUUUAUUCUUUACCAUUCAGAACUCCGGCUUUGGUUGUUGAAAAGGACGCAGUACUUAUUCCUGCUGGUUGGGAUAACAUGAAGAAAAUUAGCAUUUUAUAUGAAAAUUUGCAAUCCAUGAAGGCAAAUGAUUACUAUCGAGAUGUUAUCGCACAGCCAGCAACAAAUCGGAAGUGCGUUGCUAGAGAAAUGGAGGUUCAAGCGGAAGAGGAGCAAGCCUUUCUCGCGCGACAGCAGGCCGUUCUGUCGGGCAUGAAAGAUCCCACUCGGUCUCCGACGACUCGGAACCAGGCAAGCCCCGGACCAGUUAUACAGGUUGCGUCGCCGAAUAAGAAGUUGGAUCCGAAAGGUACCGGUGCAACGCCAUCCGGAGAAGGUGUUUUAGCUAAUUUCUUCAAUUCUCUCCUCAACAAAAAGGUUGGAAUGCAGCCAGGUUCGCCGGGAACACCGGGUAGCGUGACCUAUGGUACACCGGGAACGAGUCCUAUGAAAGUCGAAACGAGUACACCGGUGGACAAAGCGACAAUGUGUAACGAUGCGGCUGCAGAAUUGGAUCGUCUCACUCGGACCAAGAAAUUGUCUCCUCCCAAUUUGAACUCGUCGUCUGAAUGUUAAAAAGCGAUUCUUCUUCACGACCCAUCGAUACAAAGAUUAAGAUGAUACAACAAAUGACAGAAAGCUUUAUUAUCAUUAGAUAAGGUUAAAACGCGAGAUUGGAUUGUUCUAUGUGAUUUUUGUUGUAAUAAGGUUGUUUAUAGAGUCACGAUGACUGAAAUGUAGCAUUAAGAUGGGUCACGAAAAGAUAGAAUCUAGUUUCUAUCAACAACAGUCUGAUCAAAGAAGAGGAGGGGAAGAUCUAAAAACAAAAACACAUAUAGUCUGUUAUACAACUCUGCGAUAGCUUCGCGGAUUAAAUAUCACAAUGCAGAAAAAAUAUUUAGGAAGCUAUUAAAUUAAUGUAAUUACAAAUAUUUAAUAUAAUAUUAUUGGAAUAAUAUGCUUACGCACAUACCCCAGGAUGGUAAUUAGUAAAUUAUUUAGCAAUCACUUGUGUGUGUGUGUACACAUGAGAAAACAGAAGCAUGUUUUUCUAUGUUCACGCAACAAUGCACAUUCUUCUUUGUCUCUUUUUUGUAGCGUUUUUUUUGCAUCCGAUCAUUCUUUCGCGAAGUAGUAAAAUAGCCACGCAUUCGGUCUAAUUUUUUUUUGUCUACAACAUAAGUGCUGCUAAUGUUGCAAACACGUUGUGCGAAUGCGUGAGAAUAAUCUUUUAUACCAAGUGUUUAUAAAAUAAUAGAAUGCAAGAAUUUGUUUAAAAAAAAAACGACAAUAGAAUCUUCGGAUUUUUAGAAAUAAUUAAUAUGUUCAGUGAGUGUCGGACUUAUAUUUUUGAUGACUCUCCGUUUACGCCGGUUUAUAUGCGUUCUCGUGCGCGCGCACAAUGGUGAGAUUUUAAUGAUUUUUGCUUGUGCGUCUUAUUAUAUUUAAGUAAGACUGCACUUGGGUAAAUAUCAAGAGAAGAAAAUGUAGUGUUUUAAAGUGCGCUACAAAGUAAAUGUAAUAUUUUGUUGGUAUUGAAAUAUUCUACGAUAAUAUUGCACAUGUAAUAGCGAAAAUUAUCAAAACGGCCUGAAUGGAAAGUCUAGCGCACGUAUGCGAUCUAUAUGCAACACUGAACGUGUUAAUGUUACGAGAUUGGGAAUGGAUGUUCAUAUCGCACGUGUAAAAUCGAUAUUUUCUUUUAAAAAACUGCAAAUAUAAACAGAAACCUGUAUAUUUCAUUAUCAACAUAAAUGUGGGUCUAUGUAUAUAAAAAUGCAACUUUUCGGAAAAAAUAAAUAAAUAAUUUUUCGUA